GAGCCAGCGCUUGUGUGUAGAUUCCACUGAAAAGCUGUCACCUUUCCAAAAUACCAAGCCUGCUUCCCAACUACCAGCAGCAGCAGCACCGGCAAACCAACAAAAACAAGCGCCUUUAACUAUCAGGCCAGCCCUGCUAAGAGCCUGAGAGAGAGCCCUCCUCAUCCUCACCUGACCUUCCUCUCACACAGGAGGAGGGGGCAGAGACAAUCCCUCUUAGUGCUGCCCAAAAGAGAGAAAAAAAAAUCCAAGUCUUUUCUCAACAAAGUGCUGAGCAGAGUUGCUUUUUUUCCCCCCUAUCCCACCCCCCCCCUGCCCAGUUGGUAGCUCCCAGAUUCCCCCUAACAAUAACCAAGUGGCAUCAGUUUGUGAGUCCAGCAGAAAGAAAGAGCCCCGGAUAAAGCUUCCGAUCGCCCUUUGGAUACAAAACGCUCCAACUCGGACACUUCUGCGAUCGCACUAAGAAGCCCCCUUGUUUCUUUGUGAUCUGUUUCUCAUUAUCCAACGAGCUCCAUUCUCUGAAGCUAAAACGUAUACCGUCCGUCAACGUGUGACGCAGAAUAAGUGAAAACAGCCUGGAGGAACAUUACUGCUGACAUAGAAGUUGCACGUACAGGAGAACAACAACUCUUGGCAGGGUUUUCUGAGUAGUCCUCUUUGGGUUGAGGCUUGGAGGAGCCUCUCCUUACCCUCCGGCACACAGCACCAGCUAUGGACCCAAAUGGGUGGAGUGAGGCCGGGAGCCCGGCGGAGAGCACAGAUGACUUGGGAGAUUCUAUGGAGAAGAGUUUAGACAAUGAUGCAGAAGGCGUGUGGAGUCCUGACAUAGAGCAGAGCUUUCAUGAAGCCUUGGCUAUUUACCCACCAUGUGGAAGACGCAAAAUUAUAUUAUCGGAUGAAGGCAAAAUGUAUGGCCGGAAUGAGUUGAUAGCCAGAUACAUAAAACUUCGAACAGGAAAGACACGUACUAGAAAACAGGUGUCCAGCCACAUACAAGUCCUGGCACGGAGGAAAUCCCGUGAGAUCCAGUCCAAGCUGAAGGCUAUGAACAUGGAUCAGGUAGCCAAGGAUAAAGCUCUUCAGAGUAUGGCAGCAAUGUCCUCGGCACAGCUUAUAUCUGCCACAGCCAUCCAGAACAAGCUGGGGGUAUCUAGCAUCUCUCAGACACCGUUCCCUCCCACUCCUGGGACCCCAGACUUUUUCCAGUUUUGGCCAGGCGGUGGCCAACCCCGACCAACACAGGACAUUAAGCCGUUUUCCCAGCCUCCAUACCCCCUGCAGUCUGCUGCCCCCCCUCCUGCUGUACCAGGUUAUAAUGCAACUCCUGCCAGUCUUUCCCCUAUUCCUUCUGGGCCUGCAUGGCAGGGUCGCUCCAUUGGCACUCCGAAACUGCGUAUGGUGGAAUUCUUAGCCUUCAUGGAACAGCAAGGAGAACCAGAUGCAUACAACAAACACCUCUAUGUCCAUAUUAGCCAGUCAAACCCUUCCUACAGUGAUGCUUUGCUGGAAUCUGUUGAUGUUCGUCAGAUCUAUGACAAGUUCCCCGAGAAGAAAGGAGGUCUAAAAGAGCUCUAUGAGAAAGGACCUCCAAAUGCUUUCUUCUUGGUCAAGUUCUGGGCUGAUCUAAACAACAACAUCCAGGAUGAGCCAGGUGUAUUUUAUGGUGUCAGCAGUCAGUACGAAAGUCCAGAGAACAUGACCAUCACUUGUUCUUCCAAAGUCUGCUCAUUCGGAAAACAAGUGGUGGAGAAAGUGGAGACUGAAUAUGCUCGGUUUGAAAAUGGACGUUUCCUUUACCGAAUCCACCGCUCACCUAUGUGUGAAUAUCUCAUCAACUUCAUCCAUAAGCUGAAGCAGCUACCGGAAAAAUACAUGAUGAACAGCGUAUUAGAAAACUUCACUAUUCUACAGGUGGUUACAAACCGGGACACCCAGGAAUUGCUUCUGUGCAUAGCUUAUGUCUUUGAAGUAUCAACCAGUGAGCAUGGAGCUCAGCAUCACAUCUAUCGGCUGGUGAAAGACUGAGCUGAAAUGCCGAGCUCCCUUCCCCUCAUCUUAGCCAUGUUGGACUGGCAGAAAUAAUCAUGUGCAAAGGUGGAGGCAUCUUGCAUUUUCCUUGAGCCUCUGAACUGUCAAUCGGCAGGAGACUAAAACAAGCAACAGUGGAUGGGACCCUAAAAUAAAUGCAUGGACCGGGGGGGGGGGGGGGAAGGGCCACAAAAACCACAAAGACCUCACCCUUACAGAACCUUUUCUGUGUUAUGUUUUGAGCCAAAAGGAAUAUAUAUAAAUAUCUCUAUAAAUAUAUAUAAAUAUAUGUUUGUGUGUGAAACAGUUUCCAAAACGUGAAAACCAUGGAAAAGCCCAGAUGUCUUUUUUUUUUUUUUGUAUUCAAUUUUUUUUCACAUUUUGUGACUGCCAAGUGCAUCUGUUCAUGGUACGGAACCAGUUUAGGGAGCGGAACAAUAAGAAGGACAUGAGAAUAGCCUCCUCCAUACGCUUCCUGCUCUGAUUGCCAAUGAAAUGCAACGUCUGCACUUUCCGUGGUACAAAAUGUUCAUGCUAAAUUCACUACGAAAACAGCCCACUACAGCUCUGUAUAUGGUAAACAUAGGCUUGCACAGUAUUUUACUCUGGUUCACUUUGCACUGGUUGUGUUUAGUGGGAAGUUCUUAAAGGAUAUCUUUAACAUAUCAGGGAGUAUCAGGAAAGCGAAUUCUACUGUGUAUUGAGUUAAAUGCCCCUUUGGUCUUUAAUAUUGCUCGAAUUUAAAGCCAUCCAGGUGCAUUUUAUCUUCAUUAUGGACUUGUGAAGUGUUUUGGAAGCCAGAGGGUCGUAUAUAAUGUUAUUUUAUUUGUGGGUAGUAGAACAGUUCUCUUUCUUGCCGAGAAGCGUUGUCCUAACUGAAUGGACAAAGUUUGAGGCAUUACGAUCAGGUCCCCUUAAUAUCUUUUCUGGUUGGAAAGAUAGACCAAGAAGAGAUGUGUGUUUUUCUUUUUGUUUUUCCUUUAUUGUUUUGUAAUAUAUAUAUAUAAAUAUAUAUAUAUACCAGAGACUCAACCUUCUACUGUUGUCAGUGUGGCACUUCUAACAUGUUUCUCUAAUGGGAAGCAAAGAAGAAACAAGAAACUUGACACUAACAAAGGCCAUUGCUGAUUAAUCUCUGGCCUUCUGGACUAUAAAAAAUUAGUAUUUAAAAGCCAAGUAUUUAGAGACUUUCACCCUCUUCUGUCACAUAUUCAGUGCCUAAAAUUAACGGGGGGGAAGACAUCUAUUUUUUGUAUUGAAAAGCCAACGCGCUAAUGAGUGGAUUUGAUAUUGUACUAUGAAAAUAAUAAUUAAAAAUUGUACUUAACCGUCA